AUGUUAUCUUUCUGGGAGUUAGGAGCCGGCCAAGCAGGUCGUAUGGUGUUCAACUCGUUGGUCCAAGCCAGCCAAGGCUCCAGCAUAACCAUCUCUGCCCUCUCUCGAGCAGACUCCGGGGCAAGCUUUCCGGUCGGUAUCAACGUCAUUCGGACAGAUUACACGCCAGCGUCGCUGGAAAACGCUCUUGUUGGCCAAGAUGUCGUCAUUUCUAUGCUGGGAGACGCCGGCAUGCCCCUUCAGAAGCGUAUUGUUGACGCAGCCAUUGUCGCCGGCGUGCAGAGAAUCUUUCCGUCUGAGUUCGGUUGCCGCACCUACAUUGAUAGGGUUGUUGCGUUGAUGCCGUACUUCCAGCAGAAACGUAACUUGAUUGAGCAUCUCAAGACAAAGGAAGGUUCCAUAACCUGGACGGCCUUGAUUCCCAAUCCCUUCUUUGAUGAGGCUUUAAAGAAUACCUUCCAUGGAUACGAGCCUCCGAACAAGUACUUCCUCCUUGAUGGCGGAGAUGCACCCUACGGCACCACGAAUUUGCGCACAAUAGGGCUUGCCUUGUUCAGAAUCGUCUCAAACCCGACUCAUUUCCAGGACUCUGCGAACCGAUAUGUCAACAUCCACUCGUAUAUACUCACCCAGAAAGACAUUCUGGCAGCAGUGGAGAAGGUUUCAGGAAGAACAUUUGAGAGGCAUCACGUCAACAGCGCAGACUUGUAUGAGGAUGCUUUGCGUCGCUUUAGGAGUCGAGGUCCAUCUAUGGAGAAGGAUUUAUUUGCCGAGAGGGAUAUCAUUCAGUGCAUCACCUAUGGGAAGGGCGAGUUUCUUGGCCUUGGGGAUACGAGGGACGAGAAUGACUGGACCGAGAGGCUGGGACUUCCAGCUGAGAAUCUCGAGGAGGAUGUCAGGGGGGUGCUUGAAGGGACUCGGCCGUGA